GGCCCUCGGCGUUCACGUCAGACGCAAUUCCGACACGGCGGCAGUCGUACGUUCCGCGAUCACACGCACACACCGCGACAUUUUUACCUUUUACACACUGAACACACCACCUUAACCACCACCAUCAUCACCACCUCCACCACCUCGGUCACCACACGUACCCAAACCCUUACAGACACACCAUACACACCGUCCCGAGUCCCGUUUUGAUUUCGUACGAUUGUUGUCAUUUUCGCGCGUUUUAACACCGUUAAAAAAAUAAAAAUUAUAAAUAAAUAAAUAAUAAUAAUAAUCGAUCGAUCGAGACUCAGUUUUUAUUCGUAUCUCUGACCGUCGCGCGUGUGUGUAUUAUCACUGUAUACGUGGAAUUUAUCAAGUACGACAAUAUAAUAUAAUUAUUAAACGACUGCACAGUGCACGGUCGACCGUCCUCGCCGCCCUGCAGUAAGUGACACCCGCCGUCGUCACCGAGUCUGCGAACUAACCCGUACCGUGGUCGUCGUCGUCGUCCGGAACCCGAAUCUAACCACGAUACCGCCGAUCAGCUGCUACGAGAAACCGUGCCGCGCCGCGGUAGUGACCACAUGUUGGCGCUGGUAGUGGUCGUCGCGCAGCAUUACACCCACCCGGUUGAAUCGUGGAGGCCGUCGCCGUUGGAGGGUUGAAGAGGGCCCGAGGUGGUGCGUACAACGGACCGGAGGCCGCCGCCGCGACCCUCAAGAAGCUCAGACUGGACGCCGCUACAGCCGCCGCAGCAGCAGCCGCAGCCGCAGCGAUGAACAUGUCGCCAACAGGUCAUACGCCACCGCUGCAAGUCCAACAGCAGCAGGGACCCGUGUCCGUUGACGGUCAGCAGUCCGUCGUCACUGGCAUGUGCAACAGCAUCGAUUCCGUCGGGCCCGGCGAGGAAGAGGUAAGAACGCUAUUUGUCAGUGGUCUACCAAUGGAUGCCAAGCCACGUGAACUGUACUUGCUGUUUCGAGCAUAUGAGGGUUACGAAGGAUCUCUGUUAAAAGUUACAAGCAAAAAUGGCAAAACAGCUUCGCCAGUGGGUUUUGUUACGUUCCAGACACGAGCUGGCGCCGAGGCUGCUAAACAAGACCUUCAGCAGGGCGUCCGGUUCGAUCCCGACAUGCCGCAAACCAUACGGCUAGAAUUCGCUAAAAGCAACACGAAGGUUAGCAAGCCAAAACAGCCCGCCAACGCAAACGUCACGCCCAACACGCACCAAGGCCUGAUGCACCCGCUCACUGGACAUCUAGGCGCCCCGUUCUUCACCGGCGCUCCAGCUGAGUUAUGGCAUCAUCCAUUGGCGUACGCUGAUAUGCCGACCGCAGCCACGGCCACGGCUCUACAACACGCGGCUCUCGUCCAUCCGGGGCUACAUCCGCAUCCUCAACAGCCGACGUUGACGCUGGGCCCACACGGCCUUCCGUUCCUGCCCUCCCCCGCACUGCCCUCGCCGCCCAACCAGCAGCAGCCCCAGCCGCCCUGUUCCACGCUGUUCGUCGCCAACCUCGGGCAGUUCGUGUCCGACCACGAGCUUAAAGACAUUUUCGCCAGGGAGUAUGCUGGCCAAAAGAAAUUGGACAACGUCAAUUUCACGUAUACUCACAUGCAGUUGAACAACACCUGACAACUACAAGAUAGACCACCAGUACCUGCCCAAGUCUAAGAAACUCGCGACACGACAAAAACAACCUCCCAAAGCCCUAAAGAAAAAAAAAUAAUUUAAGUCGAUUUAAAUUUGAAAAAAAAAUAUUAUUCAAUAAUUAUUACUAGCUUAAAAGCUUCUUAAGCUGUUGUACAAAGCAGUUACAAUUUCCUUGUACGCCUGUAGUUUUUAUAAAACAUACCUAUUCAUCGUAUUUAUAUUACAUUUAGUGUACCUAAUUCCUAACUUUAUUCCCUAAGCUUUUAAACUAAUACCUAAAUAAUCGUCCUAUGCUUUUUUUAGUGGGUAGUGUAAGAUCUUAAGACUCAUCAAAUCUGUGAUUGUUUCUCAUGUAUUUUUUUUUUAUCCUAAAAAAAAUUGCCUAUCCUCGUAUAGGUGUGGUUCAGAUAUUAGCAAUAAUAAUUACUAAUGACACAAAAAAAAAAAAUAAAAUAAAAUAAAAAUACAUAAAUAAAAAUGUAAGCGCGCUCAUAUACAUUCACUAAAUACAUAUCAAUAAUGCUUUGAAAGGGGAUUAACGUUAAACAUUGUAAAUAAUUUUCUAAAAGACUAAGUCUGUUGGAAUGGUCAGACGCUAACAGACCACGUGAAGUCGAUCACAUCGGAUCGCGCGGUCCGUACAGCUUCGGCCGAUCUACGGCGGUGUCCAAACCGCAAACGGUUUAGUCAAAAAAGAAUAUAUAUAAAUAUAUAUUAUAAAACAAAUUAUUAUUAUUAUUAUACAAAAUGAUUGAAUUCUGCAAACUAUUUUUUUAUACAAUUUAGUCAUUUAUUUCUUGCCAUUAUAUACGAGUAGAUUUUGUUUCAAACAAAUUUACAGGGUGCAGCUUGUUUAGCAGCUCAUGGAAGUUUUUCUAGUUAGGUACGAGGAUUUUUUUCGUUGUUGCGUAUUCUCGUCUUUUUUUCGAAAAAAAAAAAUUAGGAUAUUUCUGGGAACACGUAAGCUAAUUAUUAUAAACAAUAAUCGCGUACAUGAUAUUUGAUAAUUAAUUUAAAAUGACAAUCUUUUUUUAAGUUUUUAAUUUUUUAAGAGACAAUAAUAAUUUUUCAAUGUUUUUGUUCUCGGAGUAUUUUUUUUUUUUUUUAUGUAAUAUUAAUAAUAUACAACUGAAAAAGACCAAAGAUUACGUUCUAUUAUAGUUUAUUGUCAUUUUAUUUUUAGACAACUACCAAUGAAUAAUAUUAAAAAAAAAUAUUCUUUUUUCCUGCGUUUCGGUGUACAUAAUAUGUAUGUUUUCAGUGUAUUAUAAUGAAAUUAUUAUUAUUAUUUUUAAGCAGUUAGGCGUAUAAUUAAUGAAUUAAAUAAUUAUAGUUAUUAAUUAAUAUAAUAUAUAUAAAAAAAAAUAAUAAUAAUACUAUACGAAAUACUUAAAAUUAUAAGUACCUAUUUUGUUUUACUUUUUUAUUUUAAGUCUGUGAUCGCCGUGGUAAUUAUUUUAGAUCUGUUAAACGUAAGACGGUGUUCGCAGGCUAGCAAAAGACGUUGAUGUAUUAUUAUUAUUACUGUAUAAAAAAAAAUUACUGUCACAUUCCACUGACAAAAAUUAUGAAAUAAAUAACGCAUUCCAAAAACAAACGAUUAAUUAUUAUUUGAAAAUAAAUGUUAUUUUGCUAUUUUUAUGUUUUACCGACGUCUUUUGCGAAAAAAAAUUAUAAUAUCCGUCCAAAUUAUAAUAUUCUUUUUUUUUCUAAUUAUUUCGUUAUUAAUAAUAAUAUUAAUUAUUAUUAUUAGGUAUCAUCAUCAUUAUUAUUAUUAUUAAUUAUUAGAAUUUAAUUAAUAUCAUUACGAUCAUUGCGGAAUUUGUAGAUUUAUUCGAAGAAUGAAAAAAAUUACAUUUUAAGCUCAAACAGAUUUUCUUUUUGUUUAACUUUUUUUUUAAUUUAUAAAAUAAAAUAGCCUUUCUUAAUUGCAACACAUACAUAUCAUUAUAUACAUUUUAACGCUGUAUAGCCUGUGUAUUUUUUUUAAUGUGAUCAACAGUAGCCUUAUAAUCUUAUUUAUAUUAUAUAUUAACCGUUAGUGGAUAUAUAAAAUGUUAAAUGGAAAAAAAUUAAAACAAAUUAUUGUACUUGAAUGUAAACAUACGUUUGUAUGUAAAUAAACAUUUUGUGAUUUUGGUCGCUUUAUCUGGGUGAAUACUAUACCAAAAUGUAUAAUCGAAACAUAUCAAUAACUGUGCCCCCCAUUAAAAAAAUUAAUUAAAUUAUGAUAUUAUAUUAAAUUAAAUGUUGUUAAAUAAAUAACGAGAUAAUAAUUAUUACGAUUAUGUUUGUAUUAAUUGUAACGAAAAAAAAAGAAAAGAAAUCAUAAAGAAAAAUUUAUUGUAAAUUUUUAUCGAUUUUUCAUAAGUUUGUUUAGAUACUUGUGUAGUGAAAUUUAGUUGUUACUGUGCGUAAUUUUGAAUAAUAUUAUAAACGUUUGUUAAACGGAAUUUUUAUUGUUACUUUUACCGAACAUUGUAAUAAUAUGUUUUAGCUUGCGUUAUUUAUGGUGUUUAUUAUAUAAAAUUAGGUAUUUAAUUACAUUGUAGUGGUAUUAUUAAAACAAUUAUUAUUAUUAUUAUUAUGAUUAUUAUGAUUAUUAUUAUUAUUAUUAUUAUUAUAUUAUUAUUAUAUAGACGAUAUUAUUAUUUAAACAUGUGAAAAAAACCUAAAAAAUAGGAAUUGUAUUUAUAAUACGAUGCAUACAAAAAAAAAAAAUAAAAAAUAAAAGUAGUGAAUUAAUUUGGAA